AUGACGCGGCACAACCCCGAGGAGGCGAUCCGCGCGUUUGAGGCGAGCGCACAGCUGCAGGCCGCGCCGGACGCGCUGGCGGAGUACGUGCGCGCGCUGGUGGCUGUCGACCGCCUUGAUGGCAGCGCGCUCCUCGCCACACUGCAACGAGGCGCUGCGCGUUCCCCCUCCCCGUUCCCCGCCUCCCCCGCGCCGCUGUCGUCCAUGCGCGCGCCGCUGCCGGGGGCGGUGGGCGCGGUGGCGGUGGAGGGCGCGCUGGGGACGGCGAGCGCGCCGCUGCACAUGGUGGCGAGCGAGGGCGCGCGCGGACACGCGUGGCGCGCGCUCAGGUCGCUGGGCACGGCCGCCCUCGUGCUCGGCGCGCUCUGGGCCAUUGCUCGCGAGCGCGACGUGGGGCGCGGGUUGGGGUUGAACGAGGAGGUGCAGCCGAUGGCGGAGAGUGACACGCGGUUCAGCGAUGUCAAGGGCGUCGAUGAGGCCAAGGCGGAGCUCGAAGAGAUCGUGCACUACCUGCGCGACCCCAAGCGCUUCACACGCCUGGGGGGAAAACUGCCAAAGGGAGUGCUGCUGGUGGGCCCACCAGGAACGGGCAAGACGAUGCUAGCGCGCGCCAUCGCGGGCGAGGCGGGCGUGCCCUUCUUCUACGCCUCAGGCUCUGAGUUCGAGGAGAUGUUUGUCGGCGUCGGCGCGCGCCGCGUGCGCGAGCUCUUCGCCGCGGCCAAGAAAGCCGCGCCCUGCAUCGUGUUUCUCGAUGAGAUCGACGCCAUCGGGGGCAGCCGCAACCCCAAGGACCAGCAGUACAUGAAGAUGACUCUCAACCAGCUGCUCGUGGAGCUGGAUGGCUUUAAGCAGAACCAGGGCGUCAUUGUGGUGGCCGCUACCAACUUCCCGGAGAGCCUAGAUAAGGCGCUCGUGCGCCCGGGGCGGUUUGACCGCCAUGUGGUUGUGCCGAACCCUGAUGUGGAGGGGCGGCGGCAGAUUCUGGAGCAUCAUCUGCGCAAGAUCCCCCGAGCAGAUGACGUGGACGUGUCAGUCAUAGCACGCGGCACGCCAGGCUUCAGCGGGGCGGACCUGGCGAACCUGGUGAACGUGGCGGCUCUGCGGGCAGCCAUGGAGGGGCAGCGUGCGGUGGCGCUAGCGCACCUGGAGCACGCCAAGGACCGCAUCCUCAUGGGCGCCGAGCGCAAGUCCGCCGUCAUCUCCCCUCAGACGCGGCGCCUGACGGCGUACCACGAGGGCGGGCACGCGCUGGUGGCCGUGCACACGGCGGGCGCACACCCCGUGCACAAGGCCACCAUCGUCCCACGGGGCGUGGCGCUCGGCAUGGUGGCGCAACUGCCGGAGACCGACGAGGUGAGCGUGUCGCGCACGCAGAUGCUGGCCCGGCUGGACGUCUGCAUGGGAGGGCGGGUUGCGGAGGAAUUGGUGUUUGGUCCGGGGGAGGUGACUUCUGGUGCGUCGAGUGAUAUUGUCCAGGCGACGAGGCUUGCGAGGGAGAUGGUGACAAAGUAUGGGAUGAGCGAGGCGGUGGGUGUGGUGGCACAUGAUUACGAGGACGACGGGCGGUCUAUGAGCACGGAGACUCGGCUCACCAUUGAGAGGGAGGUGCGGGCGCUGCUGCAGCGCGCGCAUGACAACGCACGGGCCAUCCUGGUGAAGCAUGAAGCAGAGUUGCAUGCACUUGCAGGGGCGCUGUUAGAGAGGGAGACGCUCACAGGCGCACAAGACCGACAGCCGGCCAACGGCAUAUUCGACACUCACACUCGCCGCAACACUUCUGUGCGGCUCUCGGCGAUAGGCACCUCUAGCGUUGCGCACUCCCACUACUCCUCGCGUCCCGGCAGCCGCUCCAACCGGCACCGCAACCGGUCGUCCUCGUCGUUCCUCUCCUCCGCCUUCCCCAUCUCCUUCCCCCGCGCCCGCCGCUCCCCCAGCGGCUAUGCCUCCGCGGACUCGUCGUGGCGCGGGGACGGCUGGCCGGCGGCGGACGGCACGGCGCGCAGCGACCACGUGGGGACGAUCACGGGGAAGCGGUACAGUGCGGUGAAGCUGGAACAGCUGUACGAGCUGGGCGGGUUCAUUGGGCGCGGGCAGAGCGGCGUGAUCAGCGCGUGCACGCACCGCCACACGGGCGAGCGGCUGGCCGUUAAGAGCAUUCUCAAGAAAACCAUCCACUCCGAAGGCACCGCACGCGACGUGCAGCGCGAGGUGCAGGUGCUGGGCAUGUUGCGCGGGCAUGCGCACGUGGUGCGAAUGGAGGGCGUGUUUGAGGACCAGACGGCUGUGCACAUCGUCAUGGAGUUAUGUGAAGGGGGCACGCUCACGCACCACAUCGCACAACAGGGCGAGUACAGCGAGCGCGCAGCAGCGGCGAUAAUGCGGGUGGUGUUGGAGGUGGUGAGGGCGUGUCACGCACAGGGCAUCGUGCACCGGGAUGUCAAGCUCGGCAACUUCCUGCUGAGCGACCAGUCAGACCACGCCACACUCAAAGCCAUUGACUUUGGCUCCGCCGCAUUCUGCCACCCAGGCGAGGAGCUAGAGGCGAUGGCGGGCAGUCCCAUGUACAUGGCACCGGAGGUGCUGGGGGAGCGAUACUCACAUCCCUGUGACGUGUGGAGCGCUGGCAUCAUGCUGCACACACUGCUCGCCGGCACGCCGCCCUUCCAAGGAGACUCAGUGCUGGCGAUAUUUGAGGCCAUCCGCACGGCACCAUUGGACCUGUCGUCACACCCCUGGCCGCUCAUCUCCCCGGGCGCCAAGGCGCUGCUCUCGCGCAUGCUCCACCGCGACCCCUCCGCCCGCCCCACUGCCGAGCAGCUGCUGGGGGACCCAUGGAUCCGGGGGCAGGAGGCGGAGGAGCGGCCGUUGCAGAGCAUCAUGCUGCCGCGCAUGAAGCGCCUCAGCGCCAUGUCCAAACUGCGCCACCUCGCCCUUCUGGUGACGACGCGGCACAUGGGGGAGGAGCAGGAGAGGGAGCUGAGGGCGGUGUUCUGUGCGGUGGGCGCGGACCAGGGGGGCGCGCUCAGCCUCCAGGACCUCACUGCUGCGCUGCGCAGCGUGGGGGCGGCUCUCAGCGACGAUGACAUCCGCCGCAUCUUUGCCUUCGUGGACGUGGACGGCAGUGGCAGUAUAGAGUACGCGGAGUUCGUCGCAGCCACCACUGUGCUGCACCGCGACCGCCAUGCCGCCGCAAUCAAACACGCCUUCCAGGAGAUGGAUGCGGAUGGGUCGGGAGCGGUGAGCGUCGAGGAGUUUGCGGCGGUGUGCUGCCGGCUGGGCAUGGGAGAUCUGGAGGAGAUGCGCGAGAUAAUUGCAACUGCCACGGCCGCUGAAUAUGGCAACGAGGCGGGGUCGCUCCAAGCAGAGGGCAGCGGGGCGGCGGGCGAGAAGCAGAUAGACUACAAGGACUUCCUGGCACUGGUCACGGGGUCAGGGCAGGAGGACCACCGCGUCGAGUCCUGGCUCGCUGCCGCGCUGCUCUGA